AUGACCCCCACUAAACUUGCACUCCAGCUCUCGAAGCCCGUUUCAAUGAGUCCAUCAGAUGCAAAUCACAACAUCACUGGCAUCCCCUGCCAUGCAAUUCCCGGGACUAAAGUUGGAAAUCGUUUAAGGUCAAAUGUGUCCAAAGAUAGUAACAACGUCCUUACAUUUGCGAGACUCAAGGUGAAGAAACCCUUUCUUUUCAGGCAUGUUUUGGCUAGUAGGCCUCAUUGUGAUCUCCAGACGAUAGUGACCAACGAAAACAUUAAUUUACAGGGCAUUUCAGAGUUUGAAAAGAUGAAAAAGCUUCAAAGGCAAGAUCACAGGAAGAAGACUCUUCUUGCCAAAAGGCUAGUUGAAUACUGGGAUUGCAGUUUCAAAGAUUUGAAUAGCCAAUUUGUGGGAGCUAGAGAUCAAGCGUUUACGCUAUUGCUGACUCCAGCUGCCCACUGGGAAUUGGUCAGAUCGAAUCAUCAGUACGACUUUAUUUGUCUCCUCAACCUCUUAGAAUACUACCGCACUUACUGGAGGUACCUAUCUUACGUUUUUGAGGCGAUCAAGGGGGGCCAAACUCUCAAUGUUCCAGUAACUCAGUGUGUGCUUGUGGGAACAAAGAUGAUGGUCAGUGGUUUAUAUCUUGAGGACCAGCUUUCGCUUCUACCCAAUUCGCCACCGUUGGUACCGGAGGUCACGACGUCCUUGAACACCUCAGAUCUACCAGAGACCAUCGUGAUCGUGCCCAAGAACAUUGGCGUUGUUCUCGAAUUGGUGCCCAAUAAGAAUGUCGUAGGCCAUAUUGCCGUGGAAUAUCCGCAAUUGAAGGACAUCGUACCCAACGAGGAGUACGACGAAGACUCCCAGCUCUACUCCGCUGUCAACUUUGAAGCGCUAGGGCGAAAAUUCAAGGCCGAGCAGAUCCCCAUUUACUCAUUUGGAGAAAACGGCUCCGGCUUUGCCAUCAUUAUUCCUCAUUUCAUGAACCCUAUUGCAGAAAACAAGGUUGCCAGCGAAAUCAUCAAAUUGGGCACCACCAUCACAUCAUGGAUUGCAUUGGCGCCUUCGCCACUCAAUAACGGAACCUCGCUCUGCCGAUUAGACAUUGCUCUGUCAGUUGAUGCAUUCAAGCAGGUACCAACCAUCAAGCCUCCCCAUUACACAACGGGCAUAGUUGCAGCAGUGACUUCUCGUUUAUUCCAGACCCGCCAAUUGGGCAAUGCUAAUGUUUUAGUGCUCAAUGCAGAGGGCCACCUGGGUUUUGAGAAGGUCGACGCUGACCUGGUCAUGGAUGCUGCAGAACUCAUAGGUGGCUAUCUUGUGGGCAAGCAGGGUAAAGCCAGUUAUAUCAAGCAGCUCAGUGCACAUGUCCGUAAGAUCAACUCGGGACUAACACUGGGCAUGUACUUGUGA